UGUAAAUUAAAACAAAGGCUGAAUUGUUCAGCUUGAAUUCAAUUACCAAUUACUUAUCGAUAGAAAAACAUUUUUUUGUCCACGUCAAACGGGUGACAAAAGUGAUUUGCAAGUAUUGUAUAUGUGUGCGUGUGUUGUGUGUGAGCUGAGUUGAGCGAAAAAUAAAGAGAGAAAAAAACGAGAAGGAAAUACAAAAAAAUAGUGCGACGAGAACAUUUAGAAAAAAUUAGUUUUCUUCUGUGCUGUUUAAAGGAAGAAUAUUGUAAAUUAACGUCCCAAAUUCCCACAAAACAACAACACAAUAACAACAAUGUCAGCUGUAAAUCCAGAAUAUGAUUAUCUCUUCAAAUUACUUUUGAUCGGUGAUUCGGGUGUGGGAAAAUCAUGUCUCUUGUUGAGAUUUGCUGACGAUACAUACACAGAGAGUUAUAUCAGUACAAUUGGUGUAGACUUUAAAAUCAGAACAAUCGAAUUAGAUGGCAAAACUAUCAAGUUGCAAAUCUGGGAUACUGCCGGCCAAGAACGUUUCCGCACCAUUACUUCAUCAUAUUAUAGGGGCGCUCAUGGUAUUAUUGUCGUUUACGAUUGUACGGAUCAAGAAUCUUUCAACAAUGUCAAGCAAUGGCUGGAAGAAAUCGAACGAUAUGCCUGUGAGAAUGUCAACAAAUUAUUGGUGGGCAACAAGAGUGAUUUAACGACCAAGAAAGUUGUUGAUCAUACCACAGCUGCGGAAUAUGCUAGCCAGUUAGGCAUUCCAUUCCUUGAAACUUCAGCUAAAAGCGCCACCAAUGUUGAACAGGCCUUCAUGACAAUGGCUGCAGAGAUUAAGAAUCGUGUUGGACCCCCAUCCAGCGCCACUGAAAACACUAGCAAAGUUAAAAUCGAUCAAGGGCGUCCAGUGGAAAACACCAAGUCCGGUUGCUGCUGAAUAACUUUUACUCCCCAACUACUUGUGAAUCAUUAUUUUAUUAUAAUAUAAAAAACAAACAACAACAAGAAAA